GGAAGAGGAAGUGAUGUGAGACAAAGACAAGACGUUAUAUAAGGUAAAGACAGGAAGUUCUGAGAGAGAGACGAACGAGGUGGAGAGGCGACGUCACUACAGAGGAGCAGAUGGACAGUACUUAAAUGCACGUAGAGACGUCUUAUUAUAUCUCCAGACUGUACUGCAGAAGAUAACGACAUUGUGUGAUAUUCUCUAAAAGGAAAAUUGUACUGGUUGGCAAGAAGAAUGGAAUCUGUCUAAUCCUGAGGAACCUUCUGAUAAAUCCCAUACUAUGACCUCAGAUGACCAUCUAUCCCAUACUAUGACAUCAGAUGACCAUCUAUCCCAUACUAUGACCUCAGAUGUCCAUCUAUCCCAUAAUAUGACCUCAGAUGUCCAUCUAAGAUCAAUGGAUCCCUCUAAUCUCAAGGAAUCUUCUGAUAAAUCCCAUACUAUGACAUCAGAUGUCCAUCUAAGAUCAAUGGAUCCUCCUAAACUUGAGGAAUCUUCUGAUGAAUCCCAUAAUAUGACAUCAGAUGUCCAUCUAAGAUCAAUAGAUCCUUCAAAUCCUGAGGAACCUUUUGAUAAAUCCCAUAUUAUGACAUCAGAUGUCCAUUUAUCCCAUACUAUGACAUCAGAUGUCUAUUUAUCCCAUACUAUGACAUCAGAUGUCCAUCUAAGAUCAAUGGAUCCUCCUAAACUUGAGGAAUCUUCUGAUGAAUCCCAUACUAUGACUUCAGAUGUCCACCUAAGAUCAAUAGAUCCUUCUAAUCCUGAGGAACCUUCUGAGAAAUUCCAUACUAUGACCUCAGAUGUCCAUCUAAGAUCAAUGGGUCCUUCUAAUUCCAAGGAAUCUUCUGAUAAAUCUCAUACUAUGACUUCAGAUGUCCAUCUAAGUUCUCACAGGGCUGACCGAUCAACAGAUCCAUCCGAUCCCCAGAAACCCUCUUUAAGCCAUGAGGAAGCUCACACAGGAGGAAGCUCAUUGUCAUGUUUGGUGUGCGGGAAAACAUUCACUAGGAAAAAAGCACUUCUUAAACACCAGAAAUCUCACAAGAUUGAGCGUCCUUCAUGUCCGGAGUGUGGAAAAAGUUUUUCUAAUAAAGAAAACCUUGUUGUACACCAGAGAAUACACACCGGUGAGCGUCCCUUUUCCUGUUCGGAGUGCGGAAAAAGUUUUUCUGAAAAAGGAAGCCUUCAGAAACAUCUGAGAAUUCAUACAGGUGUGCGUCCCUUUUUCUGUACAGAGUGCGGGAAAUGUUUUUCCAGUAAAGUAUGCCUGCGUAACCACCAGAGAACUCAUACGGGUGAGCGUCCCUUCUCCUGUUUAGAGUGCGAAAAAUGUUUUUCUGACCAAGGAUACCUUAUUAGACACCAGAGAACUCAUACGGGUGAGCGUCCCUUUUCCUGCUUCGAGUGCGGAAAAUGUUUUUCUGAUCAAGGAAACCUUCGUAAACAUGAAAGAAAUCACAGCGGUGUGUGUCCCUAUUCAUGUUCAGAAUGUGGAAAAAGCUAUUCCAGGAAAGAACUUCUUCGUAUACACCAGAGAACUCACUCAGAUGAGCGUCCUUAUUCAUGUUCAGAGUGCGGGAAAUCUUUCUAUUCUAAACCACAACUUGGUACUCAUCGGAGAACUCACUCAGACGAGCGUCCUUAUUCGUGUUCAGAGUGCGGGAAAGGUUUCCACAAAAAAGGAGGCCUUAUUAGACACCAGAGAAUUCAUACAGGUGAGCGUCCUUUUUCAUGUUCAGAGUGUGGGAAAUGUUUCACUGAAAAGGAAACUCUUGUUACUCACCAAAAAAUUCACUCAGGCGAGCGUCCUUUUUCAUGUUCAGAGUGCGGAAAAUGUUUCGCUGUGAAAGGAAAACUCGCUAAUCACCAGAAAGUUCACUCGGGCGAGCGUCCUUAUUUAUGUUCAGAGUGCGGAAAAUGUUUCACUGCGAAGCAAUCCCUUCUUGCGCACAUGACAAGACACGGCUCAGAGCAUCCGAACAACUUUCAGACUGUGAUAAAUGUUGUACAGAUCACAUAAGUCUAAUCGGAGAGAAGACGCCCAGACACGUUUCGUCAAAUGUACGAUGGCUUUUUUCGGGUGGAACUGUUCAGUCCAUAGAACACCUGGACGAUAAAAAAUGAUUAUGUAAUGGGGACAUCCUGGCAAAAGUCAUGUUUCAUUUACAGGUGGAGCUCAUCAGGCUGAGCCUUCUGUUGGCUCCUUCUGUUACUUGGAGAUUUCAAAUGGUGGGAUGAGACUGAUAUAGGUCCCGCCACCACGUUACGGUAUUCCCACUCUUGUUUUUCUAUUGUUAGUUUUCCAAAAUCUGAGAAUCUAACCAACGUUCAGACUGUGUACAGAUCACAUAAGUCUAAUCGGAGAGAAGACGUCCAUGAGGCGUUUCGUCAAAUGUAUGUUUUUUUUUAUCGGGUGGAACUGUUCAGUCCAUAGAACAUCUGGAGGAUAAAAAAUUAUUAUAUAAUGGGGGACAUCCUGGCAAAAGUCAUGUUUCAUUUAUAGGUGGAGCUUAUCAGGCUGAGCCUUCUGUUGGCUCCUGUUUCUUGGAGACUCCAAAUGGUGUGAUGAGCCUGAUAUAGGUUCUGCCACCACUUUACGGUAUUACCACUCUUGUUUUCUUCCAUUUUGCAAAAUUGGAGAAUCCCAACAACUUUCAGACUGUGGUAAAUGUUGUACAGAUCACAUAAGUCCAAUCGAAGAGAAGACCGCCCCAGACGUAUUUCGUCAAAUGUACAGCGGCUUUUUUCGGGUGGAACUGUUCAGUCCAUCGAACACCUGGAGGAUGAUAAAGGAGUUUAUAAUGGGGGACAUCCUGGGAAAAAUCAUGUUUCAGUUAGAGGUGGAGCUCAUCAGGCUGAGCCUUCUGUUGGCUCCUGUUUCUUGGAGAGUCAAAUGGUGGGAUGAGCCUGAUAUAGGUUCUGCCACCACUUUACGGUAUUACCACUCUUGUUGUUUUUUUUUUUCCAUUUUGCAUGCUUUAAAAUAAAACGAAAUCGGAGAAUCCCAACAACUUUCAGACUGUGGUAAAUGUUGUACAGAUCACAUAAGUCUAAUCGGGGAGAAGACGCCCGCUGACGCGUUUCGUCAAAUGGACGAUGGCUUGGAACUGUUUAGUCAAUGGAACACCUGGAGGAUAGAAAAUUAUUAUAUAAUGGGGGACAUCCUGGAAAAAGUCAUGUUUCAUUUUAGAGGUGGAGCUUAUCAGGCUGAGCCUUCUGUUGGCUCCUGUUUCUUGGAGACUCCAAAUGGUGGGAUGAGCCUGAUAUAGGUUUCUCCACCACUUUACGGUAUUACCACUCCAUUGUUUGUUUUCCAAAAUCGUAGAAUCCAAACAACUUUCAGACUGUUUUAAAUGUUUUACAGAUCACAUAAUGGGGUACAUCCUGGCAAAACCUCACACUGUCUUUUUAAGUGUCUGUUUGCUUCUCCUGCUUCUUGGAGGUUCCUCAUGCCUUCAACAGUUCCCUGCUCCCAACCACUUUGUGAGAUCUCCGUUGUUUUUUUUUGCAUACUCUAAAAUAAAAAUACAGCAUGCAGUGUGGUAGCCCCUCUCGUAAUAGGCUACACCGAUAUGCAGAGCCAAGAUUUUAAGGACAUAAGCCUACCAGGGAACAACUUGUAGCUCCCAUAAGCUUCACAUUUUUCAAAAGGAAAUGGAUGGUUGGGGUAGUAAUGGUCCAACUGGUACAAUCGCUUAAAAGCUAAUUGGGAGCUACAGUGCUGUGAAAAAGUAAUUGCCCCUCCCAUGCUGAAUCAUGAAUGAACUGUGAUUAACCAAAGUUUUUUGGAAAGUGGAGUUCAAUUUCACUUGCCACACGCAGGCCUGAUUACUGCCAGACCUGUUGAAUUAAAAAAAAUCACUUAAAUAGAAGCUGUCUGACAAAAUGAAGCACGCUAAAAGAUCUCAAAAAGCCACACAUCAUGCAGCGAUCUAAAGAAAUUCAAGAACAGAUGAGGGACAAAGUCAUUGGCCUGUAUUAGUCUUAGAAAGGAUUACAAAGCCAUUUCUAAUGCCCCGUACACACAAUC